CCGCUUCACGCAACGCUAGCACGCACUUGUUACUCCAUCCUUCUUCACACUCUCUCUCUCUCUCCCUCUCCCUCUCCCUCUUCUGAUUAAUCUCUCCUCUCCCAUUAGAGAAGGGUUCUGAGAGUUCAAAGAUGUUUAUCGAGAGUUUCAAGGUCGAGAGCCCGAAUGUGAAUUACACUGAGACUGAGAUUCACUCCGUGUACAAGUACGAGACCACCGAGCUCGUCCAUGAGAACAGGAAUGGCACCUACCAGUGGAUCGUCAAGCCCAAGUCCGUCAAAUACGAGUUCAAGACCGAUGCUUGUGUCCCCAAACUAGGGGUUAUGCUUGUUGGAUGGGGCGGAAACAAUGGUUCAACCUUGACCGCCGGUGUUAUUGCCAAUCGGGAAGGAAUCUCGUGGGCAACCAAGGAUAAGGUGCAACAGGCCAACUAUUUUGGCUCACUUACCCAGGCCUCCACAAUCCGAGUUGGGUCUUUCAACGGGGAGGAGAUCUAUGCCCCAUUCAAGAGCCUCCUUCCGAUGGUGAACCCAGAUGAUAUAGUUUUUGGGGGAUGGGACAUAAGUGACAUGAACUUGGCAGAUUCCAUGGCCAGGGCUAAGGUCUUGGACAUUGACCUGCAGAAGCAGCUCAGGCCCUACAUGGAAUCCAUUGUCCCACUCCCUGGUAUCUAUGACCCUGACUUCAUUGCUGCUAACCAGGGGUCACGUGCCAACAACGUGAUCAAAGGAACCAAGAAAGAGCAAGUUCAGCAUGUCAUUGAUGAUAUUAGGGAGUUCAAGGAGAAAAACAAGGUAGAUAAGGUGGUGGUGCUGUGGACUGCUAACACGGAGAGAUACAGUAAUGUGAUUGUGGGGCUAAAUGACACCGUGGAAAACCUCUUGGCUUCUUUGGAGAAGAAUGAAGCCGAGAUAUCUCCUUCCACCUUGUACGCCUUAGCUUGCGUGCUUGAAAAUGUUCCAUUCGUCAACGGAAGCCCGCAAAACACUUUUGUCCCAGGGCUAAUUGAUUUGGCUAUCCAGAGGAACAGUUUAAUCGGAGGAGAUGACUUCAAGAGUGGUCAGACCAAAAUGAAGUCUGUACUGGUUGAUUUCCUUGUUGGGGCUGGUAUCAAGCCAACUUCAAUAGUGAGCUAUAACCAUCUAGGGAACAACGACGGAAUGAAUCUCUCUGCCCCUCAAACCUUCCGAUCCAAGGAGAUAUCCAAGAGCAAUGUGGUGGAUGACAUGGUUGCAAGCAAUGCCAUCCUUUAUGAGCCUGGCGAGCAUCCCGACCACGUUGUCGUGAUCAAGUAUGUCCCAUAUGUGGGUGAUAGCAAGAGGGCCAUGGACGAAUACACGUCUGAGAUAUUCAUGGGAGGGACGAACACCAUAGUGUUGCACAACACAUGCGAGGACUCCUUGUUGGCAGCCCCAAUCAUCCUGGACCUGGUCCUUCUUGCCGAGCUCAGCACUCGCAUUCAGCUCAAAGCUGAAGGAGAGGGUAAAUUUCACUCCUUCCACCCCGUGGCAACCAUCCUGAGCUACCUCACCAAGGCUCCCCUCGUACCUCCAGGCACGCCGGUAGUGAAUGCGCUGGCGAAGCAGCGGGCGAUGCUCGAGAACAUACUAAGGGCUUGUGUGGGGUUGGCUCCGGAAAACAACAUGAUUUUGGAAUACAAGUGAAGCAUUAUUGUUCAGGAGGAAGAAUUAAUAGCAAGUUGCAGAUAACCAACUGUUUUUAUUUCACAGUCUUGUGUUUUUAAUUGGUAUGAGAAAGGUGUUAAUGGUGUUAUGAAUAUUAUGUAAGGUAGAAGAGUAGUACUCAAUUGCAAAGGGCUAAUUAAAAUGCCUCCUAUGAAUGAAUGAUUUGGACUCUCUGUUGUAUUU